AUGGGCAAUGUAUUCAAUAAACCAGCAGCCCCACAAGGGAGGAAGAUAACAGACAAGGAUAGAGCUGUCCUCGACCUCAAAGUGCAGCGGGACAAGUUGAAACAAUACCAGAAAAAGAUACAAGCAGUAGUCGAUCGAGAAGUCCAAGUGGCCAAAGAACAUCUCAAGAAUGGAGACAAGAGAAGAGCCCUCAUUGCUCUGAAAAAGAAAAAGUAUCAACUGCAACUGCUCGAUCAGACUGACAACCAGCUACUCAAUCUAGAACAAUUGACAAACUCGAUCGAAUACGCUCUGGUGGAGCAAGACGUGAUUAAAGGACUGGAACAAGGCAACCAAGUCCUCAAAGAAAUACACAAGGAAUUGUCUGUAGAAGCUGUACAGAAACUCAUGGAUGACACCGCUGAUGCUAUUGCCUACCAGAAUGAAGUGGAAGAGAUACUUGGCUCCAAGCUCACUGAGCAAGAUGAUGCUCAGAUAGAAGCUGAAUUGGACGCUAUGGUGGAACAGCAGCAAGUACAGCUUCCUUCAGUUCCAGUGGAGCCUAUCGACCUGGCAUUACCAGAUGUGCCUGAUACACAGCCAAGGAUACGUAUUCCAGCAAAAGCUUCGAAAGUUGAUCAGACACCUGAAGAUCCUGUUGCUGCAUAA